AUGAUGGUGGCCGAGAGGGGCUGGGGUCCUGAGGAUGGGCCUGGGGUCAAGGGUUUCCAUGAUCAGUGCACCAGGCACCGGGAGGUGCUGAAUCGGAAGCGGGCACGGCUGCGGGCCAGGAGAGCAGAGUCAGAGCUAGCGGGGGGGCUAGAAACGUGCCCUCGCACCCCCUUCUUCACCGGGCUAGAUGCAGGGGAGCAGAGGUGGGCUCCACAGUCCUGGCGGCCUUCAGGCCAAUAUGACCCAGACUGGCUCCCUGCCCUCGAACACGCCCAGCACACCCACCACAGUGACCAGAUAGCGGAGCAGUUCCAGUCCCAGCAGCAAGUCCAGCAGGAGGUCGCCCUGGCUCCCACCCCCAGGUAGGCUGCCGCUCCUAACAAGGAGACAGAGCCCACGAGCCUGGACUGCCGCGAGGAACAGUACCCGUGCACCCGCCUCUACUCCAUCCACAAGCCCUGCAAACAGUGUCUCAAUGAGGUCUGCUUCUACAGCCUCCGCCGCGUGUACGUGGUCAACAAGGAGAUCUGUGUCCGCACGGUGUGUGCCCACGAGGAGCUCCUCCGAGCUGACCUGUGUCGGGACAAGUUCUCCAAAUGUGGCGUGAUGGCCAGCAGUGGCCUGUGCCAGUCCGUGGCGGCCUCCUGUGCGAGGAGCUGCGGGGGCUGCUAG